AUGACGGGAACUAAGGAGCCGCGAUCCAGCGAGCGCGCCCGGGAGCGCGCCCACUCGCGCGCAUCCAACUACACAGAGAGUACAGAAAGUGGGGAAGAAUGGAGAGGCUUCAUUCUCACAAUAACAGAGCUGUCAGUUCCCCUACAUGUGUCACUCCUUCCUGGGCAAGUAAUUAGACUGCAUGAAGUUAGGGAAAAGAAAAGGAGAAUUGAGACAGAGCGGACACUGAGUUCAUUUCCUGAAAAAGGGAAGGAACCAAUUGAAGAUUAUGUGGAUGUAUUGAACCCUAUGCCAGCCUUUGCCAUGGAUGAUGAUGAUGAUGAUGAUGAUGAUGAUGAUGAUAUGAUGGCUAUUAUUAACAAUCACUGUCCCCACUUAUGGGUAUACUUAAAUGAAGAUGAACUUUUUUUUUUUAGCCUGCCAAGAAUCAAGCACUACAAAGUGAUGAGUGUAGGAAAAAACUACACUAUUGAAUUGGAAAAACCUGUAACACUCCCAAAUCUUUUCAGCGUCAUUGAUUAUUUCGUGAAGGAGACUCGAGGAAAUUUACGACCAUUUAUAUAUUCAACUGAUGAAACCCUUGGCCAAGAACCCACCACAUAAGGGAGAAGAGAGAGGUUGAAGAAAAAUCUACAUAUUGCAUAA